CUACCCUCAGCCGAACCAAUCAAUACAAUAUGCUCUAGACCAUCAACAAUUCAACACCUUAUAACCUACCCAUAUACCAUAUACUCUAAACCAUCAACAACCUAAUACACUAACCAGUCAGUAAACAUUAACUUAACCAUAAACACCUUAUACAAUAAUCGCAUACCUAUACGCUGAUAAAAUUUUACAUUUUGAAAAUACUUGCCCAAGUAAAGUACACAGGUACUUCAAAAGUGAAAUUCUAACUUUCGUUUCAAAACAUAAAUUUAAAAAAUGUCCUCACUAAGUAUCCAACCACAAGCCUCUAAUCAGUCUACAAGAGGUUUGUUAUGUCAAGAGGGGCAAACAGUGAGAGAGUGGAAUAGGGGCAAUUAAUAAAGAGUUAAAUUGGGCGGAUUGUUUUUUACCUCGUAUCGAUAAAUGUCUAAAGAGACACGCUACCAUUUACCGAAUCCCAAAAAAAAAGAUGGAACACAUAAUUGUGUUUAAAUUGCGUGAACGCAAGACAUGAUCAGGAUUUAGAAGCAGAAGCAGAUGUAAAUAAAAGCCCAACCUCUUCACAAUCCGGAUCAUAUACACAAGCCCACUUUUGAAGGGAAUUUAAAAGCCCAACUAGACUUUGUCCUAAACGCACCGUUAAUACAUAAACACAAGUUAAGGCAACCUCUCCAUCCGAUUCGAAUCAAAUUCUGUCUUCUUCAUCUUCUUCCUCAAUUAGGUCGAAGACUGUGUUGCUUAUUUCAUCUUCAAUUUGUUGUAAGGAGUUCCAAUAACGCUAACACAUGAUGACAAAGCACUGGCGACAUGAACCCUAGGGUUAGCAAAAUGAAAAGUUCGAUGAACACAAUAAUAGACAUGGUCGCCGUAAUCGUGUUAGAAAGAUAUAGGUGUGUAAAUUCCGGUCGGAAAUAAAAUGGCGAAGAACAAAACGUCGAUUGUGGAUACAAGGAAACGAUGAUUAUGUGGGGAUUUUAGAUUCCGGUCGGAAAUAAAAUGGCGAAGAACAAAACGUCGAUUGUGGAUACAAGGAUUUGUGGUUCAAAACGAUGAUUAUGUGGGGAUUUUAUAUUGAAAUGGGAUCUUCUCUUCAAACGUGGAUACAUAGAUUUGGGGUUCAAAACAUGAUGAUGUUGGGGAUUUGUUAUUGGAUAGGGAGCUAAAUCGAAUGUGGAUCAAAUAAUAAAAGGAUUUCAGAUUUCAGAAACGAUGAUAAAAGGAUUAUGUUCGAACUUCGAUCUAAGAGGGGACGUCCCCUCCAAGACGAAUGAGGGACUGGAAAUUGGUUAGGGCGGCGGGUCGUAUCCAUAGGGUUUAACAUCUUAAUCGAUAUAAUUAAACCGGGUACAGUUAGGUUGAAGUCCAAUAAAAAAAGGUUAAACGCUUCGUGAUGUUUUUGGUAAUUUUCCUUGCCCUCGGUUACCCGUACCCCGGAUUUUGCCCAGAGCAUAUAUGGGUUUGGGUUAAUUAUUAUAAUUUUUUACCAAAUUAACAUUUACCUAAUUUUAAUUUAGCACCUAAUCCCAUUCAGAAUGGGAUUGGGGAAAACCCUUUUCAGUACCGAACUAAACUGAAAAUGGCGCUACAAUUCCACUCCCCAUCUUCUUCUCUCUUGGACCAACCUUAUAGUCAUCUUCCCCAAACGCACUUCCACAUCUCCCCGGCGAAGCUCAACUUCUCGAUCAGAUCGCAGAAUCCCUCCUCGACCGAAGCAGAACCCGGUAACGACCCUUCUCCGACGAAGAACUCCUCCGCCACUGCCGUCACCCCUAGGCUAGGUUUCGGGUCGCCGUCUCCUCCGGCUUCUAGUGGUGCGAGCAGUAAGAAGAAGACAAAGGGGAAAAGAGAGAGAGCGGCUAUAAUCAGGCGAUCGUCGGUCGAGAAGCCGGAGUUCAUCGGCGGUAUGAAGCUAAAGCGAAAGUGCAGGGGACCAACGAGAGUGCUUUUGUGCUCACCUGGUUAGGGCUCGGCGGAGUCAUUCUUGUUCAGGGCGUUUUGCUGGCUGUAUCAGGUAAAAGGGCUAGACUGUUCCAUUUCUUCUUCUCCCAAGUUCGAAUUUCACUUCGUGGAUGUUUUUAGAUGUGUCAAUUUGGUCCCAGAUUUGAAUGUAGCUAGUUUCGGUUGACAGGGUUCCUGCCAGAAGAAUGGGAUAGGUUCUUUGUGAAGUAUCUGUAUCCAACUUUCACACCAACAGUUGGGUUCUUUGUUGCUGCGACUGUUGCAUAUGGAGUCCUGAAGUAUCUGCAGAAUGAGAAUCUGAAGGACGAAAAGUGAUAAUAGGCAGAGAAAUGCCAGGCCAGGCUGGCCUAUGGUUCCACAGUUUGUGAGAAGCAAUUCUCGUUGACAAGGAUUAAUCCCUGGAAUUUUCAUAGUUAGAUUGUUUUUUCUCGUAGCUGUAAUUAAUUGGGUAAUGGUGUACAAGCGAGGAAAUUCGGAACAAGGCUUCUCGGCGGGGCAAUUAGGCAUAUCAAGGGAGGAGCAGACACCUGACUGUAUGUGAUGUGUAGGUUGUAGUUUUGGGGUAGGUGUAUGAUCAUAGAACCUUGAAAGAAUCCUAUUGCGUGUGUUGGCAGUGGAUCUUGAUGUCCUUGCAAUGGUGCCAGUGUUUAUGCAUUUCGAUCAUUGCUUUCGGACGUGUGAAGCUGCAAGAAUGUUAAGCUGGAAUCUGAUCAUUGUCUUUUUUCCAAGUGCCACUGUAUAUAGUUCUUCCUACCAAUAACACCUGAAAUUUUCUAUUUAGUUCCAAAGGGUACUUUGUCAUUGGCAUAUGCUAGGUGAGCUUGUGUAGGAUAUUUGAGAAGCAAAAGGGUCGUCGACGAGUCAUUUGUGCCUUUCACACGUGUAAGGAUGUUCUUCUGAUGAUCAUGUUUAAGAUUCAGCAUGCAGUUUGUAGAAGUUAGGAUAUUGAAAGCUUAAGCCUGGUUUUGUUGAACAGAUACCGUAAUGGGAAUAUAGACAUUGCUAGCUGUUGAAGUCUUGAAGAUUGAAUGUGGUGGCAACAUUAUUAUCUCACCAGCAAAACCUAGGUAUAUGAUUAGUUGAGUGGCACUUUUUUCAAGUGGAUCCAUCUGACUUUGAGACAACUUAUUGUACUGCCACUCUUUAUACUUCCCUUGUCUUCUUUGAUUGGGAACAUGGAGCAGAUAUGCCAUAUCUGCAGUAGAUAUGAUUCUUCAAGUUUCAAGGAAUUUAUUUUUGUUGACUGUAGUUGCAGUGAUUGUACCUGAAACACUAACAGGUAUGAUAUAUGUCCACUAAGUAGAAGCUGUAAAUGAAAGGCAAAUCUUAUCUCUCGAUAGCAGUACUCUUCUCAAAUCACUCACUUUUGCAGCCAAGGUACAAGUCCAUUCACUAUCUUGUUGUGAUGUGCAAAGCAACAGGAUUGCUAGGUAUUGAAGGCAAAAUGCCAAGGAAGUGCUCAUUCUUGAAAUUUUGACACUAAAAGGGCUCAGACAUGAAGUUUUUUCGAGAGAAAAACAGUCAUUAAUGUUCUUCUUGCCUGCUUGGUGUUUCAUAUAGGCUAUCAAUGUAUAUCAUCUUGGCAACAGAUCUAGCUGGCAGUAUUUAUAACAUUUUGCUCUGUAUGCUAGCCUCGGACUGAUUCCUAGUGCUGUUAGUUCUAGCAACCUGCUUUAAGUAAGUUGCUAGUAUUGGAUACCUUUAAGGCAAUAUAAUUAAUAGUUGGAAACUAAGAAUCUGGCACCCUUAUUAUCAGUUGAGUUAUGAGCUCUGAGGAUCUGUUGAGAAGGAAGUUUUUGAAUUCUUGCACUGAAUCUUUAACCAUUACAUAGUUCACCUUCUAUCAUUAAAGAUUGCUCCUCAUAGACUGACUGGUUCAACCACCGAUCAUCUCAAGCUACCAUCUUUAGCAUCUCUUUAUAAGAUCUGUCAAGUGUCAUCUUCAGAGGACCACAGAAUCGUUUCUUUAUUUGCUGUUGGAAUGGCUGGUUAUGCAUCUUGAUGUUAUGUUAGCACCCAUUUCUCUCAGUCAUUCUCAGCAAAAUUUUGUGUAAAAAGAAUAGGAUGACAAGUGCCAUUUCAUUCCUUUGUGAGGUCCCCCUCACAAAUCCCAAUCUAAAGAAUCAUGAUUUCCUCCAAACCCAUUUUUGUUUUACCCCAAAUCCCCAAUGCUAAUCAAUUUUUCACCAACUUUUGCUGUGUGCCCUCUUUCCCUUUUAACACUUUAGAUUUUUUGCAUUGAGAGCUCUUCUGAUAUCAAGCGCAUUGAAAUCAAAAGAUAUGUAUGGGACUCUGUUUAUGAUAAGGACAGUCCCUUUGGCAUCUUGCUUUUUAGAAAGGCUCUCUCUCUCAACAGGGAAUGCUACUUCCCCUUCUUUCCCAUCCAGCUUUCUUUGUUCCCUCCUGAUCUUCUUUUGUUUCUUUCAUGGCAGUCAUUUGAUUGUGGUCUCGGCUCGGCUGCCACUUUCCGUUGGUGCCCUCUGGCUACUACUGAAUGUUAUCUCUAUCUGUUUUUGUUCUUUACAUGGUACCACAGCAACUUGAUCAGCUGCUCCAAUUAGGGAGGUUGGCAAUGGUGUAGCUCGGUUCAUAUGCAGAUCGAAUCGGUAUAAACACAGGCCUGGUUCGAGGGUGCAUUCGCUCCGAUUCAGAACCUGAAUUGCUAAAACUAGGAAAUAACUUGAAAAGUUGGCUCAGGGUUCCACUAGGCCAGUUAAUAGCCAUUACAUACUUUAAUUACUUUGAUUAGGAUAUGUCUUUGUUGCUGUUGGCCAUUACUCAGCAGCAAUCAAAAUGUUUCAGAAUAUUUUAAUACAGCUGUUUUGUGCUUCACCAAUACUCUCUCUCUCUUUUCCUUCCACCACCAACUCUCUUCUUCCCAGCUGAAAAUGGAGUCAAAAAGCCAGUAUGCUUUUAACAGCAUCUCCCCAUUUCUAUACCAUUUGUCCUGAGCCCACAAGAAGCUUUCAUAGCAGCAAAUGAAAUUGUGAACCAGCUGGUUCCCAAGUUGGCUUUCAUGAACAACUUUCCUUUGGGAAUCAAUUUUAAACUGGUGCCCCCUUUUUUCCUUUCUUCUUCUUCUUCUUCUCCUUCUUCUUCAAGAGUCAAGUAAUUAGGGAUAAACAAAAUGACUAAUAAGUCAAAUUCGGUGACCAACGUACCAACGAGGCUCGUAAGUACUAGUCUGACACCAUCGAUCGCAACCUCUGAAUCGAGGUCGUGUAACGACUUCGAGGCAAUGUCACUCGCUUUCAUUGAGUGGCUUAGAUCGUCUGUAAACGGGGCUGAUACCGAUACGACGAUAUCAACUCGUACAUACAACUCCUGUCAGUAUGCUGUAAUGCUGACCAAAACCCAUGUUAAAAGAACUUUGGUUUGAUGAAUGUUCCUGCAUCUGUAUAAGUGUGCAAUGCCAAUCUUCGAGGCCAUACGAGUAUAAAACUACACAUUCUCUCAUCCACUCCAUAAAAAAAAGGUACAUCAUGAAGACAGAAUCUUGGUCUAGGGUUUUGCAACUGUCUUUUUGUAUAAAUUAAGGAGCUUUAUAUAUCCCCACUUGGUUAAUUACUAUACGUUUUCUUUGGUCCAAAUUCCACGCUUCCUUCCUAUUAUAUGGCUAUGGUGGUGGCUUUCUUUGAAAUUGUGGAGCAGAGCGGCCGGUGUGUCUGAUUCUUUUUGGCGCUACUCUGCCAUUUGCAUUGCACCCUCUGAUUACCGGAUUCCCAUGAUUAAUCUAAGUAGGUUAAUUCAUCUUUGUGGUUAGGCGGCGCCUUUUUGCAUUAACAUAAUCACAUUUUGGAUGUUAUGCUCAAAUAGUCAACAAGUUUACAUUUGCACCGCAUUUUUGUCUUUGGAAGAAUAAAAUUCGUUUCGUCUA